GGAAAAGUACGGGUAUUUUUAGAGGUAAUGCUAAGAAGAAGAAAAAAAGCUAUCAUCACUUGACAUACAAAAUGAUAGGAAUAAUAUGGAGGCUGGAAGUGAAAGGUAGAAAACGGCUGUCCAAGAAAGGUUAUUGAAAGAAUCAAUUAGAUUUCAGUGAUCAGGAAAAAAUGUGAUUUCUUGGGUGGGAAACCUAAGGCUGCCAGGACCGGAAGAACAUGCUCUGUGAGCCUUAAUGGGGAGGAAACAAUGAUUUCCUGGAGCUGCGUAACGUAGACGUAGUCGAUAAAUGUGCUUUCAGAAGUUACUUGCAGCUUUGACCGUAAGAGCUCAGUCUGCCCCUGUUCCUUGUUUUCUCCUUCCAUUUGGACUGAUCCAGAUUUUGGCCUGCCACUCUCAGGGGCAGGAAUCGAUCCAGACCACAGCCAAGAGUGCAACAUGCAGAAAUUUAUCUUCUUUUUUGCUGUAGGAGCCUGGGCUGUUACUCAAGGAACUGCAGAGGAAGAUUAUGUGGAAAUUUGGCCCCCAAAUCCUAUGGUGGAAUUUGGAGGCUCUCUUGACCUGAAUUGCACCAGUACCUGUGAACAUAUUGGCAUUGAGUCUGCCUAUACAAAGGUUCCCAUUGGAAAUGGUUCCAAUUGGAAAGCCUUUCGUCUCAGCAAUGUGAACUUCUGGGCAGCCGGCACUUUGUGCUAUGCUGAAUGUAAGACUGGACAGAAGAAAUCUCCAAAGGCAAACAUCAUUAUUUAUAAAUCUCCAGAGAUUAUUGAACUGGAUCCAGUACCAAAAAUGGAAGUGGACAAGCCGUAUAAAUUGACAUGCCAAGUUUUUGGUGUAGCCCCCAUCCGGAACCUCACCGUGACCUUGAUGAAAGGAGAUGAGCAACUUCUGAUAAAAACCUUUGAGAAUUACACUCAAACUCGAGCUGAUGCUGUUGUGGUCAACCAUACCAUAAUAGCUCAGGAAGAUGACUACAACAAGACGAUCACCUGCCAAACAUCCCUGGAUCUGAGACCAAGAGGACCACUCCUGAAAAACACCUCCCAGGGCAUAUCACUAUGGACUUUUGAUUUUGCAAAGGCUCCCCUGCUCCACGCUGGCCUGUUCUUAGAAGCUGGGACCCCGAUGAAAAUGACGUGUGAUGCACCUGAGGUUUCCCCAGCCAGAGAGGCCACCUUUGGUCUGUGGUUUGCAGGGAAACCUCUGACCUCCAACACCACUGUGAUGGAGGGAUUGGCAAGUGCCCAGGCUGUGAUAGCCUCUUCCUCAGUUGGAGAGCAUGAGUUAUUCUGCAUGGUCUCUCUGGGGCCAGUGACCAAAAAUGUGACAAAGAUGGUGAAUGUGUUUGCUUUACCAAAUCUCAUGUUGCAGAUUGGCAGUUCAGAAGCUGUCGUCAAUCAAACAGUGAACAUUACGUGUAGUGCUGGUGGCAGUGCUUCCCCUGGUUUUAAGAUGCAGAUCACAGAUGCUGGCAAAACCUUAGCAACUGGCAAAGUAGAUGAACGUUUCCUGCAGCACGCAGUGAUCGCUCAGCAAGAGGAUAACGAGAGGGAAUUCAUCUGCCAAGUAAUCCUGAUCGUUGAUGGGCACACCAAGAAAAGAAAUAUAUCUCAAAAUCUCACCGUUUUCUAUCGUCCCCAAAUAGAUGAUUCCAAAUGUCCCCAUGCCCUGACUUGGAAGGAAGGAAGUACAACAUCAUUUACUUGUUCAGCCCUGGGGAACCCCACACCAACUGUUCAGUGCUGGAAAGAUGGGCGACCUUAUAACAUUGGGGAACCACAGCUAGUCCAGAGAGAGCAUGGUGGCAUUUAUCACUGUAAUGCUACCAACCAGUAUGGCUUUGAUGUUAGAGAUGUGACCGUACACGUUGAAUUUUACCAGCCCAAUAUCUUAGCAAUCACCAUGGGAAUACUGGCAAUCGCUGUGAUUUUUCUUUCCUUGGGAGGGUUGGUUUUUUACAACAAUAGGAAGAAAUGUAGGAUAUAUCAUCUCUGGAAACAGCAGCAGCCACAAGCAAGAAGAGACACAGAGUUGCUACCCUGCCUGAAUCACACAACCAAUAACUAAAUGAAUGCUGUGGUUACAAACUGUAGAGAAACAUCAACCAUACUAGCAGGAGUAUAGCUAAAGCAGGGAUCAUCAUUUGAUUUAACAUUGAGGAAAAAGGCACAGAAAAGUGUUCCUCAGCUCACAACGCCAGCUGGAAAGAACUUUCUUUGGAUUUUGGAUUUGGGACUUUCAGAUAGUGACUGGUGUCAUGCAUUAUAAAGUGAUGCAUUCCUGUGUUUUCUUAAGAUCUCCCCCUACCACGAUGUCUUCCAGCCUCGCUAUUCUGAGCUAUGGACUAAAUUCAGCUGUUCGGUGGAAAACAGCACCA